AUCGCUUUGAAUUUGCUAACAAAGCUGCGAAGACUUGCGACGCAGCAAACAACAUGCGCAGGUAGCAGUGCGACUGCAGCCGGAGAUUCCUUCGCGAAGGGUCGUGAUCAGGAGUGCUGAUCGUAGAAGCUUGAGACUCCUGACCAUCCUGCGAACGAAGUGCGAGCGGCCUGGUGAUUGGCCAUGUCGAGAAACAAGGACACGGGCAUCUCGAUGCACAACAAGUCUCGUUCGCAUCACACCAACAACAGCUCUGGCGGAAGACCCAAAGCGAUCACGCAGGUCACCUCAAUAGCUGCUUGCGAAAAAUGGCGCUCUCAAGUGGUACGGGAGACUUCGCAAAAGGUUGAGAAGAUCAAUGACCCAGCGGCAACAGACUAUCAGCUCCGUGAGCUCAACGAUGAGAUCAACAAGCUACAAAGGGAAAAAUGGAUGUGGGAGUCGCAACUCAAGAACCUGGGUGGAACGAAUUACAUGCGUUUCCAAGGCAAUUUGACAGAUGCGGAAGGCAGGGUUGUUGGCUCACAUAAGGGCUACAAGUACUAUGGCCGUGCUAAGGAGCUGCCUGGCGUCAAAGAACUCUUCAGCGAACUCAAAGCACCGCCAAAGCAGAGUUUGACGCACACAGAGCUGUACAAACUUGACUUGGAUGCUGCGUACUUUGGCUUCCGCGAUGAGGAGGACCCUAAGCUACUUGCUUAUGAAGCUCAAAGAGAAGCCGAGGCGCGUAAUAAUCUGCAACAUGACGAGGAUCGGAGAAGCAGAUGGGACAUGGUCAAUAUUCCAGAGCCCGAGGACUUGCCGACCAACGCAGAAAUUGAGGCUGUCUUGCUCGAGAAGCGGAAGGCAGCCCUCUUGAGCCAGUACUCGUGAAGGGGCGAAAGCUGGGCACACACCUCAAGAGUAUGCACCUGACAGUCGUGGGCAGUCCAGCAUAAAUACAUUUCUAUAGUAGCCUUCCUCUGUGCUUGUCC